AUGCCGGCUCAAAAAUUGGCCGACCGCAACGCGUUCACGAUCGACACCGGCAAUCUGUCGAAGCACAUCGAGCUGAUGCUGAAACGGCACGUCAACUCCUCCUCCGAGCUGACGGCCGCCUUCGCCAAGUUCGCCAAGGACCGGGACGUGAAUCAGAAUCAGCUGGAUUUUAGCUCCGAGCCGAUCGCCCUGUCGAGCGGCGACCUCGGCGAGUUCAGCAAGUCUUCGGAUAUUAAGACGACGCUCAAGCUUUUCCUGCCCACAUUUUCGCCGGAAUACGCGGCGACGGCCGUCCGGAUGGCAUUGGAGCAUUUAGAGUUGUCUUCGCUGUUUCAAGUCAUCCUCCAAUUCCCCGAGGCACAGGACGAAAUGGACGACCCGACGUGGCUGGCCGCGGUCCUCGGCGUGUGGCAGCCGCUGGAGAAGCUCGUCGACGCCGGCAAGAUCCUGUACCUCGGCGUGUCGGACAUUGAUCUGGAUCGGCUGCGUAUGCUGUGCGAGGCGGCCAACGAGCCCCCGAAAAUCGAGCACUACAGCAUUGAUGGGUGUUGUACGGUCCCGCAAGAACUUGUGGAAUACGCGAAGGCGCACGACAUUCAGAUCCUGACGCAUCCUGACUCGCGAUCGUUUGAGCUGGGCGACGAGUUUAUGGCUGAGGGUCAGAAGCUGCUGGGCGACGCGCUGCUGCCAUUUGGGCCCGCCUGGGUAGCUAGGUACACAAUCUGGCUGAACAGCCGCUCGGUGAUGGCGUCGAAGGGGUACCUCGUCCAUUUUGAGCGCAAA